AUGGAUGAGAGGUGGCCCGAAGAUAAGAAGAUGUAUUCGGGUGAGACGUGGAAGAACGGCGCAGAGGAGACGAGGCCCAGACAGGUGUGUUGCGGAGGCGGCGGCAAAAGAAAAAAGAAAGAGGAAAAAAGAUUUUGGGCAGGCGAGCGGCGAGCGGGGAAAGCGAGAAGCCACCCGGCCGAUCGGGGAGAUCUUGGGCCUCUCGGGCAUCGCUUUGCCAUCCACCUACCAUAUAAACCUUCCUCGCGCCCGCUCGCCUCUCCCUCCCCAUCCAAGCCAUCCCCUCUCGCAAUUGCCCUCGCUCUCGCACGUCUCUACACACCGUCUUCAUCUACCCUCACAUCUAUCCAGUAUGCCUGCCAAGAAGCGUUGCCAACUCCAGAGCGAGCCUCGCUGUAG